GCUCUCAGCCUGCGGCCAAGUUGCAUCUCUGCCUCGCAGUCAAGACCCUCGGCCAACCAAUCAAACUAUCCAGCUCAUCAUGUCCUCGACCGCGUCAGUGUUCGACGGGAGCGACAGUGGGAAGGGCUCGUCGCAAGGUUCUACGUCGUCGCCGUCUGUGAUGCUGGCCGCGUACCUCCAAGACACGAACACGUGGACGGAUCGGCUUGCCCAGCUGCAGCUCCAGCCCGCUGCCUCAGCCACCGGGGCCGGCGACACUGCAGCGCCUUCCGACUCUAGGUCUCGGUUAUGAGACGGCGGUGGUGUGAAUUAUUGUAUCAACACAUGUAUUACUAUUUUCUGUUGCUCUGGUAUUGCAGGCGUGACAGUGCGUUGAGGAGUUCAGGGGGAGGCGUGCUUUCAUUGUGCCUGCGGCUUCAUCACGACUCGGCUGGCUACUCAAAGAGCGAAACCCUAUAUUAUGGUGCGCCGUGCGCAGGGGCAGACCGGAGGACUUCAGACCAGAGGACUUCAGACCGGCACCAAGCGGAUCCGACGCUCAUUCUCUCGAUACCUCGGCACACCGGCACACAACCUCACGUCUUCCGGCAGCGGAAACAACACAAAAACCGGAAGGACAUUCCACGCUCGCCUGCUCUUGAAUUCAUCUUAAACCACUCCGCCUGCUCAAGUCUCUUCGAUCCCGGCUUAGACCAGCAGGCCAACCACGCCAACCGCAGCCGCCACCAUCCCCCCCGUGGCGACGGGCCAGUGCGCGCCGUGGGCCUUGCUGGUCUCGGUCGCCGCAGCGCCGCCGACGCCACCGCCUGCGCCCCCGGUGGCAGUAGCAGCCGGCACUCGAGUGGGGUGCUGGCAUAUGCUGACGAUGUCGAUGGAGAUGGAGCCAGUGCAGAACGACCUGGUAUCAGUGAAGCAGCUGCGAUGCCAACCAAGUACACACAGGAACCCGUUAAUUAGUUUCUCGGAACAGCGCCAGGGUAAAAUGCCGAUGAGAGGGGGUCAAAACGAACCUGGCCUCGGACCGGAGAGCGUUGGUGCAGCACGCCAUGAGCUGGCUGCUGAUUGC